UUCCCCCAAAUAAAAAUGGCUCCUUCUGAUCAGGGGCACAAAGGUGUCUGUGUCAAAACCAGCACUCACUGCACCACAAUAACAGUGGUCCAAACAAGGGCAUGAUAGUCAAGCUUUCUUUCAUCCUUGUGAAUUGUGGUCACCCUCCCCACCAAAAACCUAGCUUCACUCCUAAAAAUGGGAUUAGAUUAUGUUCUUUCUAGUCCUCUGCUGGCUAACGUGUACACAAUCCAGCCAUUUCUGUUGCUUUAAAAAAUUAUGGUUCUGCUUCCUGCCAUCAAUUAUAUGUGCAGCUAUUUCUCUCCUUGGACUUAUGGCUUCCUCUGUUAAUACUCCCACUCUUCAAGGGCAUAAUGGUUACAUAAAACUACAUGCACUGCCAAAUCCAGAGAGACUAGAUUUCUGGUUUCUAUGACUUGUGAUUGGCUGCAUCAGUGAAAAGAGAGGAAGAGAGUUGGUUUUUAUUGUUCUCUCUUCUUUAUUAUUAUUAUUAUUAUUAUUAUUAUCUCCCUUCACUCUCUAGCGUGUCAACGAGAAGACCACCACUCCAUAAACAGCUGAAGUAACAGAACCUGUUGGAAGAGAGAAGAAGCAAAUUUCUCUCUCUAGAGAUAGAGAGAUUUGCUGCUACAAAGUUUAGUUCAUAGUUCAAACCAGAACAAGAUAAGAAGGGUGAAAAAGACUGUCUUGAGGAUUUGCUCCACUCCUCUUUUCACGAAGGUUUGAUUUUGAUCUGGCUAGAAAUAGUGAAAGGAAGUAUCAAGGAUCAUAGCUAAAGAAAGUUCGGAUCUUCUUUUUUUCUCCUGAAAAAUUUCGAGCAUUUGUAUGAGAUUUUAGGAAGAAGGAAGCAAUGGAGUCCGAUCUUCAGCAGCAACAUCAUAAACCACAGCAGCAUGUGAAUUCUAGUUUAUUGCGGUACCGAUCAGCACCGAGUUCUUAUUUCGCAAAUAUAUUGGAUACAGAAUUCAAUGAACCCUUCUUCAACCGAGCCCCAAGCCCUGAAACUGAGAGAAUUCUAUCUCGGUUUAUGUCUGGUCAAGGUGGUGAUGUUGGAGGGACAGAAGAAAUUGUACCACAUCAGAAAGUAGCUACAGAUCAACAACCACAGUUUUUAGUGCCUAAGCUGGAUAUUGAAGCAGAAAUGAUUCAGCAGCAGCAGCAGCAACAGCAGCAGCAGCAGCAGCAUCAGCAACAACAACAACAGCAGCAGCAGCAGCAGCAACAACAACAGCAGAAUCAUAUGAACAGCUAUACUUCUCAGGGUUUUUACCAAAAUCCAUCUCCAAAACCACCUUUGCCGAAUCAGAAUAUGGUGUCAUCUGAAUGUGCUUCUGCUGCUGUUUAUCCAAUGGGGUCAAAUCAGUUGCCUCCCAUGAAAACUGGUGGUGUCACUCACUCAAAUCUUAUUCGACAUAGUAGCUCUCCUGCUGGACUUUUCGCCAAUAUCAAUAUUGAUGUGGCAGGGUAUGCUGCUGCAUUGAGAGGCAUGGGAAAUGUUGGAGCGCGUAAUAGUACUAAUGAAGAAGCAUCUUUUUCUCCUGCAACCAGAUUGAAGAAUUUCUCAUCAGGGCCACCAUUAUCUACUUCUAGCAUGAUGAGUCCAAUUUCAGAAGUUGGGGAGAAAAGAAUGAGAUCUAAUAAUCAAGAUCCCAAUGGAGGUGGGUUUAGCGAAGGUCGUGGUAACAAUUAUGCCUCAGGUUUUCCCAUGGGUUCAUGGGAGGAAUCUUCUCUUUUGGGGGAUGACAUCAUUGGUUCAACCGGCUUUAGGGAUGAUGAUGAUGAUGUGAAAACAAUUACUGGCCUGAAUGCUUCAGAAACUCGGAAUUCAGAAGCAAGAAGUCGCCCUCUGGCUCAUCACUUGAGCUUGCCAAAAACAUCAGCAGAAAUGGCUGCCAUUGAAAAUUUCUUGCAGUUCCAAGAUUCUGUGCCUUGUAAGAUUCGAGCAAAGCGGGGUUGUGCUACACACCCUCGAAGCAUUGCUGAGAGGGUCAGAAGAACCCGAAUCAGUGAACGAAUGAGGAAACUACAAGAACUUGUACCUAACAUGGACAAACAAACCAACACAGCAGACAUGUUAGAUUUGGCUGUUGACUACAUAAAAGACCUUCAAACUGAAGUCCAGACACUGUCAGAAGCUCGUUCGAAGUGUACGUGUUCAAGCCAGCAGCAGUAAUAACACCAAGAAAUCUAGGGGGACUUGCCUAUUUUUAUGUACAGGACCAUUAGGACUUGGGAAAAUAGAAAGCAAUGCUGGACCUCUUUCUUCUGCUA